AGCCGGUGUAUUUUUUUUCUCUGCUAAUCCGUUGUGCAUUUGGUUCCCAAAAAAUAUCGCCUGCCAAAUUCAGGCGCGCCGGGUGCCAAAUCGACAGGCUCGCCGGCCCGGCGCUCGACGCAGCAGCGGCGGUCGGUCGCGUUCGCGCAGCCGCGAUUCAAGCAGCGGAACCGCGGCCCGUGCGGAGCCAAGCCGAGCCGCCCUCCGCGGCGGCGCGCCGAGAUGAGCCUCUCCCACCGCCUCCCGCCGGGGGCGCCGGCGGUGGACCCCUACUACGUGUACGCGCCGCGCCCGGACCCGCACCGGCACGGCGUCCUCACGCUCUUCGUCGCCGGCCUCCCCGACGACGUGAAGCCCCGCGAGAUCCACAACCUCUUCUCGCACCGCCCCGGCUUCGACCACUGCCUCCUCGAGUAUACCGGCCGCGGCAACCAGGCGGUUGCUUUUGUGACGUUCUUCACUCAUGAGGCGGCCCUGUCGGCAAUGACUUCUUUAAAUGGAACAAUUUUUGAUCCAGAUACUGGUGACCGUUUGCACAUUGAGCUAGCUAAAUCAACUUCACGCAGACCUCGUGGAGGUGGUGAUGUCUACCGAAUUAUUGACAAACGAGCUAACAAAACAGAAGGAAAUGCUGAUCAUGAGAACUUUGGUGAUGAAGGUGGUGAAGAAGCAUGGGAAGAGGAUGAGGAUGAUGGUCAUGAUGAUAAUGGUGAUGGAGGAUCAGAUGAGCCAUCAGGCACAGAAAAUGAAAAUUCCAGUGAUAAGAAUGAAUUGCCUGCGGAUAAGAGUGAUCAACCAGCGCACAAGCAGCAGAAUGGGUCUCCCUCAAAUGAUGGACGAGACAAGUCUUCAAGUGAUAUACCACCUUGUUCUACACUCUUUAUUGCAAAUUUGGGACGUACAUGCACAGAGGACGAACUGAAGGAAGUUUUAUCCAAGGAACCUGGUUUUCAUGUCCUUAAGAUGCGUCGCCGUAGUGGAAUGCCUGUAGCUUUUGCUGAUUUUACGGAUAUUGAAUCAUCUACAGCUGCUAUGAAUAGCCUCCAAGGCACUGUACUGGCUUCUUCUGAUAAUGACGGAUUGCACAUUGAGUACGCGAGGUCAAAGAUGAGGAAAAGCUAAGCUAGUUGGAUGUUGAUGGACUGCAAGGUUUUGCGUGUGAUCUCCGCUCAUCCUGAGGGUAUCAGUAGUAGGCAGAGGCAUCCCUGCACAUGUAAGCUGCAUGUCGCUGUAGCGUUCGGAUUUUGCUUUUAUUUAUCAAAGCUUGAGAACCGAGAGCGGUGCCGAUUGUCUUGUGCCAGAAUAGCCGGGUCAUUUUAGAAUUGUUGAAGGAACUUCCCUGUUUGGAAACUCAGAUCAGGCACGAUCUGUACUGCACGUCUGCACCAGGACAGAUUUCACAUGACUCAUGUUUUGGAUCGAAAAAAAAGGUGAUUUGAGCUGGGAUCAGAGCUCUGCCUCGGGGGGCAAAAAAA